UAAAUAGGCAAAUAUUAGAUAAUAAAGAUACAGUUUCUCUUAUUAGAUGAUAAAGAUUCAGUGGCAAAAUCAUUAGAUAAAUAGGCAAACAUUAGAUAACAAAAAUUCAGUAGUGGGAUAAUUUAAUGUGAAGACAACCUUUUGGGCAUGACCUAACAUUUGGGAUAUUUUGGAAAUUGGUCAAAAUGACGGACACGCGUCGAUUUCGAGUUGUGACCAACAGGUAGCAUCGUUUCCCCACCUAGGGCUCUUGUGUGGGGCCUUAAAAGUACAGCUAUAUAAGCUUUACUUCAACCCCCAAGAUUAGAUGGUAUAGGAGUUUCGCACAGUGAGCACGAUUGACCGGAUGUAAGACGGCGUGAAACCCUUUUCCUGUAUUCUUUAAGCUGCGAUUACAAUUUAAAGAUAGAAUAACUGAAAUAUUUUCGAGAGAAGAAGAGCAUCGUGUCAUCAUUAGUGUUGUGUUAUCAGUUCGUAUAACCUUGGAAUAAGGAAUUAUUAGAUAAAUCACGCAGAUAACAAUGCAAAACGCCACAAAUGAUAUGGAGCUAAAGAACGCGAACGAUCUUCAAACUUGGGAUUUAUCUCGUCGGUCGAAGCAAGGAACCAACUCGGAAUCAGAGGGAGAAUCUAAAUCUCAGAAUUACUCGGCUCUAGACUUAUCACGCAAAAAUUCCGUGACAUCUACAACAAUCACAGACAGAAAUACACUAAGGAGCUAUUUGUUUCGAAGCAUGCCUGCACAACAAAUCCAUCCAAACAGGCCAGAUCAACACUCAAAUCUAACGGAUGUGGAGAAACAGAGUCCUUUUACGAGCGAUAUUCUGCUGUCAUCAUCAUCCUCCGAGUCGGAUUCGGCAAAAGAAACGAUCGAGUGUAUACCGUCCUUUUACAAUACUCGCAGCAACAUUACGAAUAAUAAUAUACCGCUGUUUGUUCCACCCCCGGGCGUAACAAUAGGAAUGCCAUUUCUGCCGUUGCCUUCAUACCUAAACAGCGAGGCCAUAAAGAUUCCGGUAGCGACCUCAACGAUUGCGUCAACGUUUACAUCGUGCGCAGAAACAUCAUCAUUACAGACAAAUAGAACUACCGAAAAGAAUCCGCUAGAAUUUAUGAAUGUCCCAUUGACGCAAGAAAUGUCAACGCCAUCGUUGGAAGUGAUAAAAAAGACCCCAAGGCCUUUCAAAGCAUACUCGAAGAGUUCCUUUCCCGCUUUAAAGAGGCAUAUCGACACUGCGUUCACCUACAAUUCAAGUGAAUACUUUGAAUUUCGAGAAAAAAUGCUUACGUACAAAAAGAUGAACGAGAAUACACCGAAUCCGAAAAUGCGUCGAACAUCCAAAACUGAACAUCCGGGAUUGCCUACCAGUACUGCUGAAGAAAAGGACGCUGCUUAUUGGGAACGAAGAAAGAAGAAUAACGAAGCAGCAAAGCGUUCUCGAGAUGCACGAAGGGCCAAAGAAGAUGAGCUCGCGAUCUGGGCGACCUUCCUAGAAAAUGAGAAUACACGAUUGAAGAGCGAAUUAACAGGAUUACACUGCUUGUUACAACAAUUGGGUUACGAUAUAAAUCAAAUUAAGAAGUAUAAACAUUGGUGAAACUCUUCGAGUAUGUGUAAUGGUAACAACCUGAUUUAGCAAAUUGUCGAUAUACAUGUAAUGCAUAUAUAGUGUUAAUUAAUGCUUACAUAAUGUUUAUAAUU